AUGUCAGUUGCUCUUCAUCGCGGUGGAAUGCACUCGGCGAGAUGGAGGAGAAUGAUUCAAACAUUGGUACAAAAGUGGAGGGUGCACCUGGUGCGGCGACUUGCCUCGGCCCUGCACUCGGUUUGGCUGCUAGUAGCUCACGUGCCCUCGGACACGACCACGAUUGCUGCUAGCACUAGGAGAAUGUCGAGAGGGUGUUGGGCUGCGGGAGGACCUCUAAGAACAGACGGGUUGUUGGCAACACGGGGCCGCACAGGCUACUGGCACGCGGGCCUUGCGACAUGCAAUGUACACGACAAGCACUCACAGACUGCUCGGAAACUGAAGGGAAUGGGGAAAAGAAAACCUCGGCUUGCUGCUACUAUACGCACGGCUCGAAACUCGGCUGCUCCAUCUCACGCUGCUAUUACCAGCGAGUGGAAUAACUCCGAUGGGGGAAAAAUUGGGUCUGAAGCUGCUGUUCAUGGGAUAACUCGGAUGCCCGCGCUUGUGUCGCGAUGCGAACGGGAAAGACUGAAGGCUGUGAUAACAGAUGCUUCGAAAACUGACGCUAACGAUUAA